AUGUCCUCCCCCUUCAUCAGCAAAGUCUCCAAGCUGAACCUCAGCCCCGACUCGCGCAAGGGCACGCCCCCCAAGCUCCGCCGCGAGCAAUCCGGCGCCACCGAGAAGACCGAGGACGACCCCAGCGUGCCCACCACCCCGACCCCGAAGGGCAAGGCCUCCGCCGCGCGCCACCAGUCCGAGCAGCGCGACUCGCCCGUCCCGGCGCCCAGGGAUGCUCCUUCCCAGGCCUCGGCCUCGGCGUCGGGCUCCCGCGCCCAGAAAGAAGAGAAUGGGCAGCAGGAGCAGCCGACGCCGAGUCUGAACGGCGGGCCGACCGAGUCACACCCCGAGCAUCUCGACCUGUCCGUCCUCAAGGGCCUGGAGGUCGGCGAGGACGGGCUCAUCCACGACCAGGACGGGACUGCGAUCGGUCGGCUGGUCGAGGGCAAGCCCGAGGAUCUGGUCGGGUAUACCGUCGGCGACAACGGCGAGAUCCUCGACGAGGAUGGCGAUCUGAUCGGGGUGGUCGAUGUGCUGGCGGAGGCGUUCCAGAAUCAGCAGGAUGGCGCGGCCGACACCGUCGGUCAGGCGGCGGAUACCGCUACCGCUGCGGUCGGCAAUGUCGCGGAUCUGGCGGGUAAGGCUGUCUCGGAGUCCGGCGAUAUCAAGGAUGAUGCCGGCCAGACGGUCGGGAAGCUCGUCGAGGGCGAGCCCGAGGAGCUGGCGGGCAAGGUGCCCAACGACCAGGGCGAGAUCCUCGGCGACGACGGUGACGUUGUUGGUCGCGUGGAUGUCGCUCCUCAGGAGGCCGCGGGAAGUGCCGCCGGCUCGAGCAAGGCCGCUUCCCGUGAGUCGGGCGAGGAGGCCGAGCAGAGGGCCAGCGUCGCUGGUACGGCUGCCUCCAAGGCGACGGGCUCUGCUGCCGACAAGUCCAAGGCCGCUUCCGGAGCUCAGCCUGAGGAUGACCAGAGCACCGUUGGCCCCAAGUCGACUGCUGAUAAUGUUUCGGCUGAGGAGCUCACCCCUGAGGAUGCCGUUGGCGAGAAGCCUGAGGCUUCCGACGCUGACGAGGCUAAGGGGACCGUCGCUGAGAAAUCCGAAGCGCCUGGUACGGAGGCUGACGAAGCCAAGGAGACUGUCGCCGAGAAGUCCGAAGCGCCUGGCUCGCAGGCUCCAGGCACCGAAGCUGCUGGCACUGAAGCCGACGAGGCCAAGGAAACCGUCGCCGAAGAGGGCACCGAAGCUGAGAAGGAGCUCCCCCCUCUCUCCUCCCUGGAGGGCCUGCGCUGCAACAAGCUGGGCAAGAUCAUCAACCCGGCCACCGGCAAGCCCGUUGGUGAGUUGAUUGAGGGUGAUGCGAAGAAGCUUGCUUCUCUCGGCGCUCAGCUUGACGACAAGGGCCAGUUCUGGGACAACCGCGGCAACGUCAUCGGCCGAGCCCAGACCCUCGCUCCGGAGGAGUACCCCGAUGAGCCUCCUUUCGGCGGCUUGGAGGGCCUGCACGUCGUCGAGGACGGCUGGGUCGAGGACCAGAACGGCAAGCGUGUCGGCAAGAUCGUCGACGGCGACGCCAAGAAGGUCCUGGGCCGGCCUGUUGACGAGGACGGUGAUGUGACCGACAAGCACGGCAACGUUAUCGCCAAGGCGGAGUACUACGAGACUCCCGACGAGGAGCCCGAGCCCGAGCCUGAGACCAUCGACCUCUCCAGCCUGGAGGGUCUCACCCCCAACAAGCUCGGCUAUGUGAUCGGCCCCAAGGGCGUCCCCAUCGGUCGGGUCGUCGAAGGUAACCCCAAGGAGCUGGCCGGUAAGGAGAUCCACGAUGGCCAGAUCUAUGACGGCCCUAAGCCCAUUGGACGGGUCGAGCUGAUCCCCGAAAAUGAGCGCGAGAAGAAGCCCGAGGGACCGUUUGCUGGUCUGGAGGGCCUUGUGGUCAACAAGGAAGGAUUCGUUGAGGACGAAGAGGGCAACAUUGUCGGUAAGGUGACCGAAGGUGAUGUGAAGAACCUGCGCGGCCGGGCUGUCGACGAGGAUGGAGACAUUAUCGACAAGUUCGGCAGCGUCAAGGGUCACGCGGAGCCUUACGAGGUGCCCGAGGAAGAAAAGCCCGAGGAGGUGGACCUUUCCAUUCUGGAGGGUAAGGUCGUCAACAAGGCUGGUAACGUCGUUGACGGGCAGGGCCGGGUCUUCGGUCGUGUCGUCUCUGGCGGCAAGGGACUGGCUGGACGCAAGGUCGACAAGAAGGGUCAGAUCUGGGGUGACGAUGGCAAGGUCAUUGGCCAGGCUGAACUCGUCCCUGGAGCCGAUGAGCAGAAGCCCGAGGGCCCCUUCUUCGGGUUUGACAAUGCGGUCGUCGGAAAGGACGGCGUGGUCACCGAUGGCACUGACCGUAUCAUUGGUCGUGUGAUCGAGGGUGACGCUAAGCGCCUGCAGGGCCGUAAGGUCGAUGAGGAUGGCGACAUUCUCGACAAGAACGGCAACCCCAUUGGCAAGGCUGAGCGCUGGGAGCCCGAGGAAAAGAAGCGUAACAUCAACCCCAUGGCCGGCCGCAAGGUCAACAAGGAGGGAGAGGUGCGCGAUGCUGAUGGCAACCUCAUCGGCAAGCUGACCUCAGGUGACCUUCCUUCGUUGAUCGGGAAGGAGAUCGAUGACAACGGCUACGUUGUGGACAACGAUGGCAACAAGAUUGGCGAAUGUACCUUGAUUGAGAACAUCCCCGAGCCCGAGCCUGAGCCCGAGGAGCCGGAGGAGGAGGUGCAGGAAGAGGAGCCCGGUCCCUCCCCCGAGGAAUUGGAGGCGAAAAAGAAAGAGGAGGAGGACCGUCAGCUGGCCAAGAAGAUGAGCGCGAUUGUUGGAUCCACCUUGGACCGCCUUCGUCCUAUCUGCAAGAUGAUCUCCGAGCACGUUGACAAGGCCGACCGCACUCCGAAGGAGGAGCUGGACGAGGAGCAGCUGGUCAAGGACGUGAAGCCUCUUCUGGAGGAGGGUGGCCAGAUCCUCCAGGAAUGCAACGGCGCGAUCCGGGCCCUCGACCCCGACGGACGCAUCGCCGCCACUGCGAAGGCCCGCGCCGCCUCGCACGAGGCCUCUCCAGAAGAAUACGCGCUGGCUGACCAGCUCAAGGAACUCACCGACACGGUGCUGCGCACCAUCGACAACGGCAAGAAGCGCAUCGCCGGCAUGCCUCACGCCAAGAAGGAGCUCAACCCUCUCUGGGGUCUGCUCAGCGAGCCUCUCUUCCAGAUCAUCGCGGCGGUCGGCCUGCUGCUAAGCGGUGUCCUUGGUCUGGUCGGUCGUCUGCUGGAAGGUCUGGGACUGGGACCCCUGGUGAAGGGCCUGCUCGGUGGCUUGGGUCUGGACAAGUUGCUCAGCAGCCUGGGAUUGACCUCGCUCACCGACGCCCUGGGCUUGACUGGCCGCAAGAAGAAAUAAAGGUUGAGCGCGAGCCGUGGUUGAGAUUGUGAUUCUUAUAUCUUUGUGAUGUAGUUGUGACGACGAGCUUGAUACCUGUACUGUUAGCUGUCUGAUGUCUCCAAUUUGACUGUCUUUGAUCUUAUC